AAUAGGGGACCACGAAAAUUGCAUGAAAUCCUUUACAUGACAUCUUUGGAUUUUCAUCAAACAAUAUAGUAUGAGAUAUGUGCUGUGGAAAAAAAACAUGACAAAAUCAUAAUCUUCGUUUGAAAAACCAAAAAACAUCGACAACCUGCGAAUUGCGAAAUGAGAAAAACAUUAUACUAAGAAGAAAGCCGAAACAAAAAACCACAACACAACAUCAACUCACUCAACUCAACCUUAUAUCGCCAACAAAUCUUGUUGUAAUGAUCCAAUGCAAAAGAAUAUCCCCAUUACCCUUUUCAUCCACCGCACUUUCCACAAUCUUCCGCACCCUCUAUCAAUCCGCAGCUCCAUCUACACCUCCACAAUCCUCCAUUCCAGACAAUAACACCACCACCACCAACAAAAACAAAUGUAACAUCUCACAUUACAUCAUAGACGACACAAACCUCCUCCGUCCAAGUCUCAAUCCAAACUCAACAACCGGUCUUCAUGUUCUAGACCUCAUCAACAAUGGUUCACUUGAACCGGACCGAACCAUUUACAACAAACUCUUAAAAAGAUGCACCAUGCUAGGAAAACUGAAACAGGGAAAAUUGGUUCAUACCCAUUUGAUGAAUUCUAAGUUUAGGAAUGAUUUAGUUAUUAAAAAUUCAAUUUUGUUUAUGUAUGCUAAAUGUGGGAGUUUGGAAAUUGCGCGCCAAGUGUUUGAUGAAAUGUGUGUUAAAGAUGUGGUGACAUGGACUUCAAUGAUUACUGGGUAUUCGCAAGAUGGGUAUGCGAGUAGUGCUACUACCGCGCUUGUUUUGUUUCUUGAGAUGGUUAGAGAUGGGUUGAGACCGAAUGAGUUUGCGUUGUCGAGUUUGGUGAAGUGUUGUGGGUUUUUAGGGAGUUGUGUUGAUGGGAAGCAGAUUCAUGGGUGUUGUUGGAAAUAUGGGUUUCAGGAGAACGUGUUUGUUGGGAGUUCGCUUGUGGAUAUGUAUGCGAGGUGUGGGGAGUUAAGGGAAUCACGGUUGGUUUUUGAUGAGCUUGAGAGUAAAAAUGAGGUUUCGUGGAAUGCUUUGAUAUCUGGUUUUGCGAGGAAAGGUGAAGGAGAGGAGGCUUUGGGUUUGUUUGUGAAGAUGCAAAGGGAGGGUUUUGGAGCGACUGAGUUUACUUAUUCCGCUUUAUUGUGUUCUUCUUCGACAACGGGGUCUUUGGAGCAAGGGAAAUGGCUUCAUGCACAUAUGAUGAAAUCGGGAAAGAAAUUGGUUGGUUACGUGGGGAACACACUUCUUCACAUGUAUGCGAAAUCGGGGAAUAUUUGUGAUGCGAAGAAGGUUUUUGAUCGUUUGGUUAAGGUUGAUGUUGUUUCUUGCAAUUCCAUGUUGAUAGGGUAUGCUCAACAUGGGCUUGGAAAGGAAGCUGUGGAACUUUUUGAAGAGAUGAUGUUGUGGGUUGAGAUUGAACCCAAUGAUAUAACAUUCCUUUCUGUUCUUACAGCCUGUAGCCAUGCCGGGCUUUUGGACGAGGGUUUAUAUUAUUUUGAGUUAAUGAAGAAGUAUGGUCUUGAACCAAAACUCUCACACUACACGACGGUUGUUGAUCUUUUUGGUCGAGCUGGUCUUCUUGAUCAGGCUAAGAGUUUCAUUGAAGAAAUGCCAAUUGAACCAAAUGCAACUAUCUGGGGAGCUUUGCUUGGUGCGUCUAAAAUGCAUAAAAAUACGGAAAUGGGUGCUUACGCCGCUCAAAAGGUUUUAGAGCUUGACCCUUUUUAUCCAGGAGCACAUACACUGCUAUCCAACAUUUAUGCCUCUGCUGGUCAAUGGAAGGAUGUUGCAAAAGUGAGAAAGGAGAUGAAGGAUAGUGGGUUGAAGAAGGAACCGGCUUGUAGUUGGGUUGAGAUUGAGAAUUCUGUCCAUAUAUUUUCGGCAAAUGACAUUUCUCAUCCACAGAAAAAUAAGGUUUAUGAAAUGUGGGAGAAUCUAAAUCAGAAAAUUAAAGAGAUUGGAUAUGUUCCUGAUACAAGUCAUGUGCAUGUCUUUGUAGAUCAACAGGAGAAGGAAUUGAAUUUGCAGUAUCAUAGUGAGAAGUUGGCUCUUGCUUUUGCCCUUUUAAAUACUAAACCAGGAUCCGUUAUACGAAUUAUGAAAAAUAUCAGGGUCUGUGGUGAUUGCCACUCAGCAAUAAAAUAUGUGUCUUUGGUUGUGAAGAGAGAAAUCAUUGUUAGAGACACCAAUAGGUUCCAUCAUUUUCGUGAUGGAUCGUGCUCUUGUAGGGACUACUGGUAGUGUCAAUUAUUAUCAACCAAUUAGUUGAUUUUGCAGAAUUCUCUUCUUAUUAUGUGAUCUUACAAUAUCCAUAUGCAUGAAGGUAAAUUAACCGUAAAGGUUUAUGUAAAUAUAAGUCAUGAUAGCAGGAUGCAGUUUAGUUUAAAUAUUUAUGGGCCAACAUCUUAUUUGAGGCAAAAGGUCUUCAUUUAUUUUUUAGAUAUACAUUUAACAUAAAUGUUAUAUUUUGGAUACGUUAUUGUGAAGACAUACAUGGAGUUAUUUUA